AAACAAUAUAGAGAGUUGGUUUCACUGGUUUGUGAGUUGAAAAAGAGAAGGUGAAGUGGAAGUGAGCGUGUUCUUGUGUUUGUCGUCUGUAGUACACUCACUCCUAGUGUUGGUUGAAUCGGAAAAGAGAUCAGAUGACGGUGUUUCACUUCUUUAACUGCGCUAUCCUAACCUUCGGCCCUCACGCCGUCUACUACUCCGCCACACCCUUAUCCGAGUAUGAUACACUCGGUACUUCCGUCAAAGCCGCAGUUGUUUAUCUAGCUACAGCAUUAGUCAAGCUUGUUUGUCUUGCUACUUUUCUCAAGGUAUCUGAGAGUGAUAGCUUUGAUCCAUAUCAGGAAUUUUUGAAGGCCUUAAUAGGUUUUAUUGAUGUUGCUGGGCUAUAUUUUGCCUUAACCCAGCUGACUCACAGAAAUAUCUCUCAAAAUCAUAAAUUUCAAGCAGUUGGACUUGGCUGGGCAUUUGCUGAUUCUGUACUGCAUAGGUUGGCUCCUCUUUGGGUGGGUGCUAGAGGAUUAGAAUUUACUUGGGAGUACAUCUUACAGGGCUUAGAGGCUAAUGCAAAUUUGGUUUUGAGCAUAUCCCUCGCCGGACUGGGAUCUUUGAUGUGGCUUCGAAAGAAUAAACCCAAGACCCUCAUUCCAAUUAUAUACUUGUCUGCUGUGAUUGUAGCUACCAUGCCAUCUAUCACAAGCUAUUUAAGACGUGGAUUGGGGUGGCAUCUUCCCAAAGUUGUAGGUUUUGAGCUCUUCACAUCCCUGGUGAUGGCUUUUAUAAGUUGGCAACUGUUUGCUGCAUGUCAGAGACCUUCGGCGUGAGAAAGUUGUGACCUAAUAUGAUAGAAUCCUACAUAACUAUUUUCUGACUAGAGUUGUGCUCCACUGUCUGCUUCUUUUGGCAGCAGCCAUGUAGUUUCUUUAAAUUCCAUUAAGAUAAUUAUUUUAUAAAUUGCAGUUUUUCAAUAUUUUGAUUUUAACACGUUUAUCAUCAAUUUUUCUUGUCAUAGAAUGUUGGCUGCAAUUCAUUAGAAAAUUUUGUCCAUCAGAAAAUGAUAUGCUAUAAUCCAGCAUGUGUGCUUGGGAUGAUAUGUAGCAGUUAAACAAAUGCUCUUCUUUGAGACUUGUUGGAUUUCUCAUUAUUCAUUAAAA